UCAAUCUCUUCUUCAACCCAGCAUUGUGACCACAGGUUGGAAUAUGACUUGGAAGAUCAUCAUUCCCUUACUUAUGGCUUUUUUUGAAGGCGUGGUACCUACUUCGCCCGUGCCAGGAGGUCUGGUAGAUAUUCCUGACAUAGAACAUAACAAUAAUGCAAGGGAAGCCCUGAAUUUCGCGGUGAGCGAGCACAAUGCAAAAGGCAACAGCAUCACUCGGGAGAUUACUUUGCUCAGGGCCCAGAGCCAGGUGGUCUCUGGAGUGAAAUAUGUCUUUGACGUGCGACUGGAGGAUGUACAAUGCAACAACAGCAGUUCGGAAAAAGGGUGCACGUGCAAAUUUGAAGUGUGGAGCAAGCCACGGGAGAACUGGAAGCAGGUGACGGUUGACACAUGCCAAUAGAAAGAUCCCACAGGGGAAACCUUCAUUGACUGCUUUGUUGGAAGAUCAUAACCACUGCAUAUUUUUCCACGGAUGAACCACAACACGUUCACUAAUGAUUUAAUGCUCUGCUUAUCCAACUUCAGCAUACUAACUUGAAUAACCUAUGAAACUGGUAACAUGCAGACAGUAGAAUGAUGUCUUGUAAUACAAUGCAGCAAUGCAACUGGAAAUAAAACUCAUGC